ACACUAGCUUGUCAAGUAAAAUCGAAAUUAAUUGAAUACGCGCAGCUCAGUCAGAUCAGAAAAUUAAUUUAUUAUUAUUUUGUCUGUCUUCAUCAUUGUUAUUAUCUUGCGAUUAGUUGUCAUCAUAACAAAUUAUAAUCGAUAAAUAACUAUGUGGACAUUUAGUGGGGCGUAGUGGACUCAAACGUGAAUAGUUGAAAUAGCAAAGUGGUUUAGUAUAUAAUUGAGUGCGUACAAGAUGCCUGUGACACUCGUAGACAGGUUGCCCUUGCCGAGUCUCAAGGUUUACACCGCGGGAAGUGUUGUGCUGUUAUCGAGUGCUGUGUACUAUGCGUUGAGUGUGACGAGUGACCCUAACUGGCGGGUGAACGCGACACAGCCGCAGGAUAUGGCUGCAGAAGUAGCGCCAGGCCCGGUGCUGGCUGUGAACAGCACCAGGAACAUCACGGAGCAGUUCGUGGAAGUCAUGACGUUUAUGAUGCAGGAGCCACUGUGUAUGUGGACCGUGAUCAACAUAGCGUUCUGCUGCCUCGGGGUCCUAGGCUACCUCGUCCAGAGGCUGGUCUUCGGCCGCCUGAGAGUCUCCGAGGCGCAGCGCGUCAAAGACAAGUUCUGGAACUACGUGUUCUACAAGUUCAUCUUCGUCUUCGGCGUCAUCAAUGUCCAGUACAUGGAUGAGGUGCUGUUGUGGUGUUGCUGGUUCACCGUGCUUGGAUUCCUGCAGCUGCACACACAGUUGUGCAAGGAUAGGUUCGAUUAUCUGUCAUCAUCGCCGAACACGGGCCGCUGGGCGCACGCGCGCCUGCUCAGCCUCCUAGCGUUCGUGCAGGCGUCGAGCGCGGCGCUGCUGGUGGUGGCCGCGCUGUGGGGGCUCCCGCACGGCACCGACGUGUUCGUGUUCAUGGCGGCCGAGUGUGUGCUGGUGCUCAUAUCGGCGCUGCACGUGGUGGCUCGCUACGUCCUCCAGAUGUACGAGGCAGACGCAGCCGGACAUCUCGCAUACUACACGCAUCUGACCUUUGAAUCGGCGCUCCUGAUCGUGGAACUCCUGGACGUGGUGCACAUGGUGGUGUACAGCAACAUGCUGGUGUCCAUGGCGUCGCUGGUGCUGCUCAUGCAGAUGCGGCACCUGCUGCACGAGCUGCAGGCGCGCCUGCGCAGGCAUCGGCUGUACACGGCGCUCAAGCAUCACAUGAGGAGCAACUACCCGAUGGCCAGCAAGGAGGAGGUGGAGAAGAACCAGGACAACUGCGCCAUCUGCUGGGAGCCGAUGAAGGAGGCGCGCAAGCUGCCGUGCUCGCAUCUCUUCCACAACUCGUGCCUGUGCCAGUGGGUGCAGCAGGACGCGUCGUGCCCCACGUGCCGCCGCUCGCUGGCCGGCGCCGCCCCCCCGGCGCGCGCGCCGCCGCACAACCAGCUGUUCCACUUCGACGGGUCCCGCUACGUGUCGUGGCUGCCCAGCUUCUCGGUGGAGGUGACGCGCGUGCGCGUGGAGCGAGCGCCGCCCGCGCCGCACGUGCUGGACGGCAUGGCGCGCCAGGUGCAGCAGAUGUUCCCGCAGUUCCCGCUGUCGGCGCUGUCCGCUGACCUGCAGCUGACGCGCUCCGCCGACGUCACGGUGGACAACAUCCUCGAGGGCCGCCUGCUGCCCCCCACCGCGCCCUCCCCCCCGCGUGACGUCACUCGCGAGAUAACGCCUGAAGAACCAUCGCCGCCUAGGACUCUGCACAGCGAUCAUCCCAUUGCGCACGCGCACAUCGAUGGAAGCACUGACACGAAUACCAACCCUCGGUUCUCCACGUCGGUGCUGGAGCGACAGAAGACCCUCGAGCGACGCAAGGCGGCGCUCCUCGCGGCCGCCCGCCAGCGGUACCUGCGCCGCGCCGCCAACACGUCGUCAUCAUCAUCAUCAUCACCAGCGUCCUCGCCAACGUCGCCGGAGGCCGCCGAGACCGCGCCCCACAGCUGAGUGAUCACGUUUAUAUAAAAAGAAAAUUGAGAUUCGGUUGCAAUGAAAUUUCGAGUCGGAUUAUUUUUAAAUUUGUAAAUGGUUAUUAAUACAGAGGCCCCCGCAGCCGAGUGGCCGAGUGAACACGAUACA